GUAAAUAAAUACCUACAUGAAAAUAGUCAUUAAAUAAAUAUUUAUUUUCAGUCCUUCAUUUCUAUUGACUUGAAAUUCUGUUUUCUAUAAAGAAUAAGAAUGAAUAAUAAUAUACGUAAAAUUUACCGAACUUCUGCUAAACUUGAUAAAAUUAUUAGGGUAGAUCAUGCUGGAGAGCUUGGGGCCGAUCGCAUCUAUGCAGGUCAAAUGGCUAUUCUCGGUAAAACUAAAUCUGGCCCUACAAUUCAGCACAUGUGGGAUGAAGAAAAAGUUCACAAAGCCAAAAUGGAAGCACUCAUAAAUAAAUAUCGUGUACGACCGACAAUGCUGACACCACUAUGGAACACAGCUGGAUUCAUGUUAGGUGCUGGUUCAGCAUUAUUCGGAGAGAAAGCAGCGAUGGCAUGUACAACAGCUGUCGAGUCCGUCAUAGUAGAACAUUACAAUGAUCAAAUAAGAGAAUUGCUUGAAGAUCCAAGUGCAGAUAAAACUCUAAUUGAUAUUUUGCAGAAAUUUAGAGAUGAUGAGCAAACGCACCAUGAUACUGCUAUUCAACACGGAGCGGAGCAGGCCCCUUUCUACAAGUUGAUGAGUGAAAUGGUCAAGUUUGGAUGUAAAACAGCUAUAAAAAUUUCUGAAAAAAUUUAAUUUUAUAUGCCUUUCUCAAUUCCUUCCUUAAUGUCUAAGUAGAAAUCGUAAAAUGAUGAAAUAAAACAUUAAAAUUUUUCUCCGAUUACUACCGAAAACACAUAGUAAGUGCAAAAUCAUACCUACCAGAGUCAAUAAAAAUUAAAACCGCUAAAAUUUAUUGAAUUUUA